AUGGAUACUGUAAUGAAAAAACGAGCGGUGAAGGGAACGGGAAUGGAAGUCGGGAAUGGACCUAAUUUUGUAAAUUGUAUUGUUUUGGGAGAUUUUGGUUGCGAUGACUACAACUUCCAUGUAUUCAUUCAUUACAUAUUAUUCAGUCAUAAGAAGACUCCUUUGCGUAAAUCAAAGCCAUUGUCUUCACUCCAUAGAGAAUUGAAUCAAUCAUUUGAUUACAACUCUAAUAAUGAAAUAAUAAAACUUGAUUUAAAUCAACGAUCGAUUUAUUUCGACACUAAAAGUGGAGAAUGGGUUCAAACAAACGGACCGAACGGAGAGAUGACUGAAACGACUCAAGAGUUGCACACAAUUAAUGAUGUUUUAGUGGAGGAAAACCGACUCUUGAAACUCAAAGUUGAGAUAUUAAUGCAAAUGGUGACGGAAGCGACGGCUGAACUUCAACUUUCGUGUCAAAUGGUUUCAAGAAUAUGUACCGAACUAUGGAUUAGGAACUUUGAUAAGGAGUGA